CUUGCCUGCUCCUCUAGCACCCGGUCCUCUCCUGUUCUCCAGCAUGGUGUGUCUGUGGUUCCCUGGAGGCUCCUGGAUGGCAGCUUUGACAGUGAUACUGAUGGUGCUGAGCCCUCCUCUGGCUUUGGCCAGGGACACCCAAUCACGUUUCUUGGAGCAUGUUAAGCAUGAGUGCCAUUUCUCCAACGGCACGGAGCGGGUGCGAUUCCUAGACAGAUACUUCUAUAACCGGGAGGAGUACGUGCGCUUCGACAGCGACGUGGGGGAGUACCGCGCGGUGACCGAGCUGGGGCGGCCGGACGCUCCGUACUGGAACGGGCAGAAGGACUUCCUGGAGCAGAGGCGGGCCGCGGUGGACACGUACUGCAGACACAACUACCGGGUUGGCGAGAGCUUCACGGUGCAGCGGCGAGUUGAGCCUACAGUGACUGUGUAUCCUAUGAAGACCCAACCAUUGCAGCAUCACAACCUCCUGGUCUGCUCUGUGGAUGGUUUCUAUCCAGGCAACAUUGAAGUCAGGUGGUUCCGGAAUGGCCAGAAAGAGGAAACCGGGGUGGUCUCCACAGGCCUGAUUCAGAAUGGAGACUGGACCUUCCAGACCCUGGUGAUGCUUGAAACGGUUCCUCAGAGUGGAGAGGUUUACACCUGCCAAGUGACGCACACGAGCCGGAUGAGCCCUAUCACGGUGGAAUGGAGGGCACAGUCUGAAUCUGCACAGAGCAGGAUGCUGAGUGGAAUUGGGGGCUUUGUGCUGGGCCUGCUGUUCCUUGGGGUGGGGCUAUUCAUCUACUUCAGGAAUCAGAAAGGAAAUUCUGGACUUCAGCCAACAGGACUCCUGAGCUGAAGUGAAGACGACACCCGAGGAGAAACCUUCUGUCCCAGCUUCUUUGCAGCAUGAAAAGUUUUCCUGCUUGGCUCUUAUGCUCACACAAAGAGAGUCUUUCUCAGGACCUGGUUUGCUCCUGGUUCGGUGACCCUACAAACAAUGUCCUCCCUGGUGGCCUUCCUCAGCCUCUGCCCUUGGCCUGGAAGUCCCAGUGUUGACUGCAGUACCUGAUCUUCAUUCUUUCCCAGUCCCCUUUGUAUUCAACCCUUAACUGCCCCCUGUGCAUCUGAACUCAUCUUUUACGCACAUUACUUUAUUAAAUUUUUCUCUAAUAAAUAUGGAAUGAAAAUCA